UCACCAGGAAUCAUAUGUGGCCGAAUACGGUUUUGGGGGAGAAUUGUACUCCGCGGGUUUCAAUUUGGAAAGACGUGUUGCUACGAUACUGACCCGAAUUCAGAAUCGUUUGGGGCCCUUUUAACACAAAGAACAUACGAGGCAGGAGCAUUCCAAUUGUACAACCCUGGGAUACCAUGGUUCAAUGCUCUACACGAUCGGUACGAUGUUUUACCUAAGGUCUACUGCUGCCGGGAGUCAACUCUGUGUGACCUGUAUUACCUGUAUAGACCGAUGGACACGUGUGCUUUCUUCAGACCACCUAGACUUUCAUUUUUCUGGGGAGACCCUCACAUCACCACCAUGGACCAGGUCUCGUACACCUUCAACGGGCUUGGGGAAUACACGCUCCUUCAGGUGUCCAACGACAGAUUUGUCUUGCAAGGACGCACAGGACUGGCAGUGGCCGCCAGCGGGUCUGAAGCGACUAAUGCCACGGUCUUCACUGCAGUGGCUGCCAGGGAUAACGACUCCGAUAUCGUCACCGUCCGACUGGACUCAACUAGACAGCAUAUGGAAAUAUUCAUCAAUAAUGAAUCAGUAAGCAGUCUGAUGAUAAACAGUAACCACGAAUCCUUCAAUUACGUCGAUUUAGACUAUGACCAUGUCAAUGAGUCCCUUAAUAUUUCCUUUGCGUCAGGGUUUGCCCUGACAGUAUCAAAAGGAAUACAGCUCCUGCGCGUCUUCGUGGUUUGUCCAGCAGAGUACACGAACAUGACACUAGGGCUGCUGGGAAUUUACAACAAUGACCCGGAUGAUGACUUCGCCCUCCCGAACGGCACUGUCCUGUCCAUAAAUGCCACUGAUGAGGAAAGGAUUUACUACGAGUUUGGCCAGAAAUGGCACAUCAACCCAAAUGAGUCCUUAUUUUACUACUCACCUGGCACUGGACCAGCCAACUUCACAGAUUCAAAUUUCGUUCCUGUUUUCGGCACUGCCAUUCCCACUGGAAUCAACCAGACCACGGUCGACGAGGCCAAGCGUUUGUGCGGGGAUAGCAAACAGUGCAUUUUCGAUUUCCUUCGCACAAGGUCUUUAGACGUUGCUAAGGAUACAAAAGAGACACAACUCACUAACGAGGAACAGGAAAAGACAGUCGAAAACCGGGCACCUGUGAUUUCCGGGCCUUCAGUUAUCAACAUUAUAGCCAAUCAACAGAACGAAAUCUUCACAACUUUCGUAGACCCUGACGGGGACAAUUUAACGUUUGUUGAGACGGCCGUGUUAUCUCUGGGGGCGAACACUUCUAUCGUUAAUGAUACGGCACGGAAAAUCACCUGGACUCCAAGCAGUUUCGAAAAUAAAGUUAACCUAAGUGUCACGGUAAAGGACGGCAAAGGCGGCGUGGCCACUUCAGUCUUCGCUGUGAAUAUGUGCUCGGGUUGUAAUGGUAAAGGCACAUGCGACUUCAACACCAUACUCGAAGACAUGAGUGAUGUCUAUAAAGUGGUAAAAUGCGACUGUUUCACUGGUUACGGGGGUGACCACUGUUCUACCUUAAUUGACUGGUGUGCUGCGUUUGACCAAUGCCCGGAACAGACCACGUGUACAACUCUGCCACCAGAACUCCAAAACGAGGCCAAUCACACCUACUUCACGUGUUCGGCUUGUCCAGCAGGAUAUGAACAGAGAGGCUCUAAAUGUAUAGAUGUGGACGAAUGUGCCAGGGAAGACACGAAUAACUGCACAAGGAACACGAGCGUCUGCGUUAACCUGGUGGGAUCCUACUACUGUAACUGCACAGCGGCUGGCUUCAGGAACGAUGCGAACGACCCAUACACGUGCCAAGAUGUCGAUGAAUGCCAGGAGGGAACGUCUGGUUGUGUUCAAGUCUGCAACAAUACUGAGGGGCAUUUCAAAUGUUCCUGUUUCGACGGUUACACGCUGUUCUCAGACGGAGUGUCCUGUACACCCACCCAGCCACAACGUUGCCAGGACCUUAACUGCGACCAGUUGUGUUUAAUUGAUCCCAGUGGGCAGCCAGCCUGUGGAUGUUAUAUAGGCUACAGACUCAUAGAGGGAUUCCGCUGCAUUGAUAUCAACGAGUGUGAAGACAAUCAACUCAACAAGUGCAGCCAGAAAUUGAACUGUAAGAACACAGACGGUGGCUAUCAAUGUCACUGCGACAUCGGCUAUCAGCUCAGCACAGAUCAAAGAACGUGUGUAGGGUGCACCGGUAACACGUGGGGUGUCAACUGCAGUCGCACCUGCGAUUGCGGAGACCGAGCCACGGAGUGCGACCCCGCCAUCGGGUGUACCGGGUGCACAGCCGGCUGGACGGGGACCGAGUGCGACACAGAUGUGGACGAGUGCGCGACAACUCCCGGAAUAUGCGGUGAUCGGGGAGAGUGCGUGAACAACCUGGGAUCUUAUGACUGUGUGUGUCCCUCCGGGUAUAUGAAGAGUCAGACAGGCAGUUGUAACGACAUAGAUGAGUGUUUGCUGGGUACGUAUCAAUGCCAGGCCACAUGUGUCAACACUGCUGGAAGUUACAAGUGCGCUUGCAACGACGGCUAUAGGUUGGUCGCCGACGGGUUCAGCUGUGAAGAUGUGGACGAAUGUUCAGGCGGCACACACCUCUGUGAAUACAUCUGCGACAACAAGAACGGUUCUUAUAGCUGCGCCUGUUAUGAUGGCUUCCAGUUGAAUUUAGACGAUGGGCAUACGUGUGUUAAGAUACCUGAUUAUCCCGACAACUGUGCAGCAAAUGGAGUCAACUGUACGUACGGCUGCGACGGCGUGGCCUGUAUUUGUCCACUUGGAUAUACACUUGCUGCAGACGGCGUGAACUGCGACGAUGUUGACGAGUGUUCCAAUGCAACGCUGAACAGGUGUGACCCGCCCACUGCAUGUGUUAAUAACAAUGGUAGCUACACGUGUCAGUGUGCCACUGGGUACUCUCUGGAUACCGCGGACAGUAGGACUUGUAGAGAUAUUGACGAAUGUAUGGACACUCCAUGCGGUCCCCAUUCUCUGUGCAAUAACACCGACGGUGCUUAUACCUGCAACUGUGACAACGGAUACCGAAAGAAUGGCUCACAGUGCGUCAACAUUGAUGAAUGUGCACAUGGGCCGUGUGGCGCCAAUGCAGACUGCAGGGACACCUCCGGUAGUUACUCGUGCACAUGCAAGACAGGCUUCCACGGAGACGGUAUCAUGUGUUCCAAUGUGGACGAAUGCACCAUUAGUGACCCAUGCAGUAUCAACGCACAAUGUACGGAUUUGACUGGAUCUUAUAUAUGCUCGUGUAACGAAGGAUUUUUCGGAGAUGGUGUGGAUUGCCGAGAUGUCGACGAAUGCGCGGCAAAUUCCUUCAACUGCACUGCCCUAGAGACGUGCGUCAAUACAGUUGGCUCGUACUACUGCGUGUGUUCAUCAGGUUAUAAACGGAACGUUACGUCAGGCAGAUGCGAGGACAUCGAUGAGUGUAGUGUGACGUCCACGUGCAGCGUGCAUGCGACUUGUAGCAACGGCCAAGGGACAUUUACGUGUGCGUGCAACGACGGCUACGUUGGCGACGGUUUUACCUGUUUCGGCCUUAUGCGUCGUGAUAUACGGCUGAGAUUGUUGGUACCUUAUUUGACUGAAUAUGGAGACGUAAAUUCCCAGCAGUACCGAAGUCUCAUGAAUGCGAUUUCCUCUCUUUACAGUGGACUGAGUGGUUUUUCGUCCGUCAAGAUUAUUGGGAUAAGUGGUUCUAUCAUUGUCGACCAUCAAGUGGAAGUCCGUGGCAACAUAACUGACGACACCAUAGCAGAGUUUGUUACGCAACGCUUGAUAAGUACUAACUACAGGCUGAACAGUAGUGACACGGUGUUUCCUGUCAUCGGCGUGCCAGAGUUUCUCGACGGAAACGUAACAGAUCCUAUAUAUAAGUGUGAAGUCACGCCAUACAAGUGCCAAAACGGAGGGAGAUGCGUGCAGGAAGGAAGAGGAUACUGCAGCUGCCCAAGCGGUUGGCAGGGCGACCAGUGCGAGACGUCAUCUGAGCUCGGCGCAGCAAUGAUAGCGGUGAUUGUCAUGGCAACGGUCCUGGGAGCUCUUCUAAUAGGCAUCAUCGUGGUGUUGUGUUGUCGAAUAUGUAGGCGGCGCCAAAGGAGGAGUAGGCGGAUGCCUAAAGAAGAUAUCACCAGACCUUCUUACGGCCCUGUCACCGGUUUCUUCCAUCCUAAAUACGGCCGUCCGUACUGGCGGUCAAUGAUGGACGGCCGGGCAGACACGUCAACCUCGGGAAGCACUUGGUCCAGUAGCGAUACCGACGGGACGUCAACGUUACCCGUGCGUGAGGAUAGGCUCCACAGGGGUUUUCUACCGGGUCUGUCGUACCACAUGUGGGGGUCUCUGGUGGGCACAACCACCUCUGAUGAUAGACACACCGAGGACACUGAAGAUCAGUCCACCGAAAACGUUGCUUGGGAAGUGGUCGUAGGGGACACUUUAGACCCCAACAGAGAGUUUAAGAUUAAGAGGCCAAUUGUUGAAGCGACCGCACGCAAUGCAAAUGAGCUUCGUCUUCAACCAGAAAGCUACACCUAAAGAAAAAGACAAAGCCACCAAGGGAGAACGCCAGUGGACACGGAUGGUUUAGGAAGAGCUCGUUUUAAUUUAGAAUAUCGUCCUGAGAAUUGUAUCAAACCCGAAUUUUACCUCUGUCUACCAUCGCCAAGCUAUGACUUGUGCUGGGUAGCCAAUACAAACCAAAGGGUACAAACUCGGCGUGCAAAACAAGUGCUUGCAUGCUUACAUUUUCUUCCAGUGGGCUGUAGACAUAAUACAAAUGUAUAUACUGAUACACCUUGUCCAGGAUUUUUGAUUAUUGGAAUAAAAUAGGACUCAUCGAUCUCGGGGGCUUCAUUCUCUGGUGUAUUUAAGCGCACACUACUUGCACCAUAGUUUAUGAAUAUUUUAGUCACACUUAACUUUUGUACACCAUUUUCAUCAGAUCCAUCCGAAAUAAGAUAUAAUUAUAUAUUCAUUAUUUAUUUAUAGAUUUAUUAUCUUAAGUGUAGAUCAAAGAGAGCACUGUAAUCAAGCUAUCAAAGCAAACAUAAAGUUAUGCAUAUAGAACAUUGAGUGGUGCCAUGUAAUAUUAUUGCAAUGCGUUAAAUCAAUGAAAACUUCAGACCAAACUUGCUGUAACUUAUGCAGCAGCAUGUGCUGAACUAUAUAUGUGUAUGUGCAAUGUGAUAUGAUUGCGAAAAAUAAGCAAUUCGCUACUUUACUGUUUUAAAUUGUACAUCCAUUCACUGUCUUUUCCUUACAAAGCAAAGCUGUGAUACGGGUUAUGUUUCUUUACCCUUGU